AUGAUGUACGCAACCGACUGCCUGUUUGUGAAUCCGUCACCGAUGGCGUUGAUGAGCAGCAUUCGCCACAACACCGUCCGGUGCAAUUUCUCCUUCUUGAACCGGAACCUGUGCGCGUUGGAGACGCACGACUUCGUGGCGCACUAUUUGCGCGUCGCGCCGGAGCAGAUCACGCGGUUGCAGUGGAAUGGGCAGCAGCGCUGCCUCUAUCUGCAGCUGGUGGACUUCGCCACGGCCCGGUAUUUGGUGACUGAGCACCAUCGUCGCCAUAAGUAUCCUGCAGGACGAGAAGCUCGGCGCGUCUCGAUCAGCUUCGCCGAUGCGAUCGACGAAAUCCUCUUGUACGACCUGUCGGAAUUGGUGACGGAUGAGCAGAUCCGAGUUGGGUUAAACCCAUACGGUGUAGUGGUGGGUAUCGCACACAACUCCUGGUCUACAGCACUGCCGUAUGGAGGUGUGCCCAGUGGACACCGGCUCGUGCAUAUUGUUCUGCGUCGAUCGCUUCCGGAGCUUGUGAAAAUCGGGGAUGAGGUCGCCUUUGUGGCGCAGUCCGGCCAGCAAAGGCGUUUGUACCAAAACUCCUGGAAGGCUCGCACCCAGAACUUCUUCAGGGAGCUGUUCUGCUUUGGUUGCUACGCAUAUACGCGUUAG